CACUCUCAUGACCUUCUCCGGACGUGUGCGAGAGUGACGAAACGCUUCUUGGAAUCAUUUCUCCUGUAGCAAGGGUAGCUUCACCGCGUCAAUUCAUUCUCCGUGCCGUUUGCGUCCAGGAACGGUCGUGCGUUGUCUACGCCCAAGGUCAAGAUCAAGCAUCUGUGAUGUUUCGUCGGGAAAUGACAUAGCCCCCUCACCAUGCUUCUCAGUGGCAAAUGCGCAUUCUGUCAGUGGCUCAUAGUUUUCUGCAGCAUCUUCGCUCAAGGGCAAGGACAAGGACGUAACGAAAUAGUUGCUGAGGCCACAAACGUUUCCUGGUCUAGUCUCACCUUACUCUGGCAGUCAGACCUCCAGGAUCCCUUCUUCGCGGUCGAUGUGGAUCGCUUCAAUGGCAACCAGUUUUCACCGGCUCAUGGCUACGAGGUCCAGCCAAUGUAUUACGACAAGGGCACUGGUAAAACGGUUCAAAUUUUUGACAAACUGGAUCCUUGUAUUCUGUAUAUAUUGACAGUGAAAGCUACUGACACGUAUGGGGGACUCAUAGGCUACAGUAACCCCGUGAGGAUAUUCACGUUUGAUAAUCAUGACACGAGGGCUGCCCCGAAGAACGUGACGGCCAUUGCCUUGAGCAACUCCAGCCUCAAAGUGGACUGGGCAACGCCUGAACUGUUCGAGGGCCCCAACCGUUUCCCGCCAGAGAGAUGCAUAACCUUGUUCUGCGUGUCUUUAUACGAGGCUGGCCCCAACGUGACGCCACCGCCCGAAGAAUGGAAGGCCUUCGUCUGGGACCCGAUGUUGAGGACCAUCACCAUGACGGACCUCACGCCGUGCACAACGUACAAUGUCAAGGUUGCUGUCAUGCAUGACUCGCUCACGACGGUCGCCAUAGAGGCCGCCAUGGACCAACCGGAGGAUGUGUUUGUCAGGACGAAGGUGGGAACCCCCGAAGCAGUCUCUAACGUUAGAGUGCAUGCAAGCUCGACCACGGAAGUGUGCGUGACCUGGACGCCCCCUCACGGCGGAGAAUGCGUCUCGCAGUACCAAGUGAUGCUAGAAAUGCUUGGCGAGUGCCAGGAUGAUGACGUCACUACACCGCGCACAUCGUCAACCCGAGCCUCUGACACCACAAACCCCGACGGAGUGGAAGUUUGUGCACCGAAGCCGCCCCCUACGAGGCCCACGACAGUCCCUACGACCACAAUGACACUGGAAUCAACGUCACAGAAUCCUGCGGUCGGGAGGGAAGAUUACGAAUCAACAGAAAGCGUUGACUUUCAAAUGUCACCUAACAGACCGUUCCUUGACUGUGUGCCAAUGUGUUUGCCCUGUGAGGAGUGGCGCCCACCCUUGCAGUAUGAGUAUCUGCCCUCAACUGUUACAAGCCUCGCGGAAUUUUGCCCCGUUUCAACGGGAAACGUGCCACAGAGUCAGGGUGCUCCACUAUCGAGUUUUGGCAAAGAUUCCGCUGAACCCAGCUGCGCAAACCCGGAUGGGGACAAAGAGUAUUUCAACGCGACCAGCGGUUCGACAAAGUUGUGCUUCAAGGUGGACCAGAGCAGCGCUUGGUACAAGUUCCACGUGUGGGCACGAACAGGAGACCUGUGCGGGGCUCCAACCACGGGCUGGACUGCAGUAUUGCCAUCUCCAGGGGACGGUGACGUGCUACGAAUACGAGGCACCCAGGUUGAAAUUAAAUGGGACACAGGAAACAUCGUGGCCGGUUGUCGCAGUUCCAUAAGGCUCAUGGUUUUCUGCGAAGAUACGGAAGAUCCAGCAGCGCAUACUAUUGACAUUUUGUCCAUCGUUCUACCUCAUCACACUGAUGUCACUAGUCAACUCAGUGGCCUUCAGACUAACACUACUUACGCGUGCUCAGCGAAAUAUGUGAUGCGCGAAGACGAGUCCAACUGUGCCAAGUACAUCACUUUUACGACCUCAACGUCAGAUAGCAACGCACCAGUGCAUCCUACACUGAAAGAUGAAGAUUCUGUAGCUUGGGGCGAUGACUUUUCUGAUUUGAAUGCCGCGUACUUGGUAGAAGCUAUCCCAAUCAACAAGACAAAGUCAACGAACCUGAAGUACGUGAACCAUCCGUUCUACCCUAUUUUGCCGGGGCAGUGUCCCAACAUCCCAGUGUACCAGCUCUACGCCCCUCCUGGAUGCACGUGUUGUGCGGGGCUGCGUGAGUUGCUUCCCGGUGGAAACAUGUGGACUGUUCGAGUGCGGACGGUGGGUGGGAAUGCCAGCGAACCAAUAUCCUUCUCAACGCCCGAAAAAGUUCCUGGUCCACCAGCUUUGUUCGACGUGACCCCAUUCAACUUCCUUUGCAACCAAUCGAUUUUGUCGCAGUUGAUUAUGACUAUAGCCCCGCCAUGUGAAAGCAACGGACUGAUCACCGAAUACAGAAUCCAGAACACCCUUGUGGAUCAGUACGAACAGAAAAUCAGCGCGCAUACCAUGUCUCAGUACUUUUGUGAAUCGUCGAGCCGUUAUCAGGUUCCACUGCUGGAUGUGAUCCCGCCGUUAGAUUGGUGCACUCUCCUUGGCAAAAGGCUUAGGACUUCUAUUCAAGUGAAAAAUUCGCAGGGUUCAUAUUCAGCGCCUAUUUACGCAGACUAUACCUUGCCUACCCUAGGUUUGGCGAAAGGCCCUCCAAACAUCACAGCUGUCCCUUUGUCUUACGGUGCCGCUGUUGUCCGAUUCCCGAAGUCUUUGUUCAUUGGAUACCCAGAUUUUUAUGCCAUAAUCGUGACAGAGUCAGACUCAUCCCAAAAGGAAAUAAAGAGGAAAACCUGUGAGAGUACGCCAUGGACCACGACGACGUACGUCGAAGCGAAUCGAUCCGAUCCUAUGCCGGCGUUCCGAGUCACUGAAACUGAGUGGAAUCCAUUUCGUCACGCCGAAACGGAUCAUGUCAAAUAUGAGAUCGGAGGCUUUGAAAAUGUUUGCAAAGAAAACGAUACGACGUAUUGCAACGGGCCUCUCCGCAUUGGGAAGACAUACGCCAUCCGAGUGGAGGCGCGGAUCGGGGCAGUGCCCGUGUAUGUCGUGUCGCCUCCGGUCUACGUCUCGAUAGAUGCUGACACACACGAAGUGCAGAUGGUCCUCAGCUACGUGGGUCUUUUCGCCUUGGCUGCUUUAACGGUGAUCGUGCUCGUCAGAUACUUUUCUAAAUCUCGCUUUUGGCGGCGCGGUGAAGGCGUUGGCCUCGGGGAGUGCAUGGCAGAGCGAAAACGGUACGGAGUGCCCCCGCCGUACUCCCAGUACCAGUUCCGCUACCUGGCUGAGGUGACCCCCUGCGCGUUGGUCGCGCCUCAGAUGCAGAGGGAGUUCGAGGCCCUCUCCGCCAUCAGCAGCCAAGCUGCCGCCAGCACCACCUGCCGGGUGGGCAAACUGCCUCAGAACGCCUACAAGAACCGCUACAGCAACAUCGUUCCAUUUGACAGAAAUCGAGUAAAGCUGCAGCACUGUGCGGACGAUGACGACGUUGCCAACUACAUCAACGCUUCGCUCAUUGCCGGCUUCACCGGGGAACCGGAGUACAUUGCUACGCAGGGCCCCAAGGAAGGCACAGCCAGGGACUUUUGGUUCAUGGUGUACGAGCAAAAAGUCCGCCUCAUCAUUAUGCUGACGAAACUCAUGGAGGACGGAAAGGCCAAGUGUCAUCAGUAUUACCCCGACGAGGGUGACCGAUUUACGUGGGGCGAUCUUUCAGUGGCGUGUUCCGUGGAGAACGACUUGCAAGCAUACACGUUGCGGACUAUCGUCUUGGUGAAGGGCUUGGACACCCGGGUCGUCCACCACCUUCUAUUCCACGCCUGGCCCGAUUUCGGCUGCCCCGAAUCGUCGGCUCACGUCCUGCAUGUCUGCAUGACAGUUCGUCGCCACGCAGCCAUCUUCCCCGGCUUGAUGUUGGUGCACUGCAGUGCUGGUGUAGGCAGAACUGGAACCUUGAUCGCCCUGGACAUACUCUUACAAGUCAUUAAGGCGAAGAGAAAGAUCGAUGUGUUUGGAGUGGCCUUAAGACUCAGAGCUCAAAGACCGUUCAUGGUUCAAAACCAGGCCCAGUACCAGUUCAUCUACAAAUGCCUGCGAGAGUCAAUGCACGAUCCGACGUUGUACUCGUACAAAGCUCCGUUUCCAUUCGCCCGGAAAAUGGUGACGCAGGCAGCAGUUGUCCAUGCGGUGGGGUUCGAAGCGUUCAAGAAAAUAAUUCACUUCCACAAGUAGUUUAGUGGCCUUGAUCCUUUUCACAGGGACAUGAUGCACUUUGUUAACCAUGUAAUCAAAUAAACAUCCUGUUCCUGAUUGUGUUGAGACUUCCGGGACGUCCUGGGUGAAAUCUAAUUCUGUGUGUUGAAAGCAAAACCGAUUGACACAUUUAUGAACAGUCAUUCUGAACCCUAUGAGUGUGUGUUUGUGUGCUGUAUGUACUGU